GGUGCGCGUCGGGGCGUCAUGGCGGCGGUCCUGCUGGAUCUGGCGCACUGGAGCACUUGGGCGGUGUGUGCCGUCAUCAAGCUGCCGCAGCUGGCGGCUGUGCUGGCGGCAGGGUCGGCGCGGGGGCUCAGCCUGGGCAGCCUCGUGCUGGAGCUGGCGGGCUUCGUUGUGUUUCUGAGGUACCAGAUUUAUUAUGAUUACCCUCUGCAGACAUACCUGGAAUAUCCCAUCAUCAUCGCACAAGAUGUCAUUCUCCUUUUGCUUAUUCUACAUUUCAACGGAAACAUGAAACAAGCUUUGCUUUAUGCAGUCAUGUUCUGGGGGGGCUGGUACAUGCUAACACUGCGGAGGUGGAUCAUAGACCUAGCCAUGAACUUGUGCACACUGAUCAGUGCAGCGAGUAAGCUCGCUCAGCUGCGGUGCCUGUGGCAGACCAAAGAUUCCGGACAAGUGAGCGCCUUGACCUGGAGCAUGUCUGCGUACACCUGUGCAAAACACAGACUUCAGCAGUGUUUGGAAGUUGUGUGUUCUAUCUCGUCCACUAAUAACAAUCCCUUCAUUUUACAGCAAGAAUAUUUACAACUGUAAUGACUACAAAUGAUCUGAUAGUUCUCAUCCGUUUCAUAACCAUGCUCAUUCUCAAUAUUUGGGUCACGGCCACAAUCCUGCGCUACAGGAGAACUAAAAAGACCAAUUAGAAGAUGCUCGGCAGCAUACAACGUGAAAAGAAAAUAAGGGAAAAGGAAACUGAUAUGGUUAAACAGCAGAAAAAAGCUGAGGAAAGGUUGAAAGGGGAGAUUUAAACUGGAUUCAAGGGAAAUGGUGUUUUACCAUCAGGGUGGUGAGGCACUGGCACAGGUUGCCCAGAGAGGUGGUGGCUGCCCCAUCCCUGGAGACACCCAAGGUCAGGCUGGAUGGGGCUCUGAGCACCUGAUGGAGCUGUGGGUGUCCCUGUUCAGUGCAGGGAGUGGGACCAGAUGGCUUUCAAGGCUUCCUUCCAACUCAGACAAUUCUGAUUCUAUGAGACGUUCUCUCUUAAACCUAGUAUUUAUCCCUAGACAUAUUUAGUGCAGUUCUGCUUAUUUUCACGUAGAAAUAAUUCUGAUAAGAUACUUAAUUUAGGCAACACACUUUCACUGGUUAUCUGAGCCAAGUUUCCCUGAUGCCACUUUUUCUCUGGAUUCUUUUUUAGUAAAUGAACAACGUGUUUGUAUUUAGAUAUGUAUAUGUUCUCAUAUCGCUUCAGUACUUUCUGGUUGCAUAUUAGCAAUUAUUUUCUUCACUUAUACAAGAGAACUUUGUGGCAGCAUAUCUGCUGUUCUGUCUACAUCUGCUGCCAGUUUGAAAACAGCAGGUGCUUCUUUUUCUUGCAAGCAACUCCAAAUAGUUAGACAUUAAUAUCUGUAUUUUAGCAUAGGGAAAAUCUGAGCAAAGGCCCAAUUCAGAAUGUAUUUCUAAAUGAGUUUCACAAAGUCAGGGAUCCAGCUGAGAUUGCAGCACUGCACGCAGCACUUGAGCAGUACAUUCACACAGCUGAUACAGAAUAUCUGUAGUUACUUCCAUAUAAACAGUUGUUACGAUGGUAAGAACAAAAACAACCAUAUGUUCUUCUUUUUCAUCCUGAGCUCUCCAUCACUGAACAUACUGUUUUGGGAACAGCAGUAACUGGAAGGUACAGAGAUUAAUGAGACUUUGGCUGAGAAUUAAUUCUGUUCCAAGAGAGGCUCCUGCAGUGAUGCUCAGUCUCCAUAUGCAGUCUGUACUGACUGUGGCCCAUCUAUGCACUGUGAUGCAUUGAAGCAAACCCGUCUCCAGUGGUUAUCAGGUUUUGAUGAUACCACAAUAUGCUUUAUUACUUUUUAACCUGUCCUGAAGAAUUUAAAGACUGAAGUUGAAUUUUGACUUCGGAGAUCCCAACCGGUUUUAGUAGGUAUAUUUAAAAAGGGAAAAGGUUGUUCUUGAAAACUUUUAGCAGGGGAUUUUACUUUUGGAAGUCGUACUUUUCCAACCCCAAGUUAGAGCAGGAACCAUAGAGAAAUACAAUAACCACAGAUUUCUCAAUGCAUUCUCCAAAAUGAGCUUUUUGAAUAGAGUUCUUACACCAUUACUGCUAAUCAGCGUGCUAAAAACAAGGAGCUCGGGAUCCUGGCAGGCUUGGGAAGACUACGGGAAGACUCAUUGACUGCAUUUGAGUCAGGUUUUCCUUGCAACAUGCUAAAUCGCUGGGAUGUCACAGAGCAGCAGGAUCUGCAAAAGCAAUCGUUCUGCCAGCAGCCGCUCAGCAAGCAGAGACCUUCACUGCCUGAAACAAAGCUGCUUUGUCAGCUCUGAUUCUGCGGAGGGAAGCAGUGGAAAGAGGUAUGUCUGAGGACAUAUAUGAUUUUGUGUAUCUCACGUUAUUGAGAGAAAAUUAAAACGUGAGGCUUUUUUACUGCUUCAGUAAAGUGUGUGAAUGCUCAGAAGUUUCUCUGUUGGUUGAGAGAGUAAUUGUAAAUAUUCUGCUACUGAUUUUACUGAAGCUAUCUGAAAUGUCUAAGUAAUUUGGUGGCAGGUGGCAUGUAAUGCAUUUUCCAGGUCAUAUUAAUAAAUGCUAUUCUUCAUGAUUGA